GAAGAGAGAGAUAGAGAGAGAGUAGAGAGAGAAAAUGAUUUAUAAUGAAAAGGCAAGGAGGCAUGAGCAUAGGCUGCUACUAGGUGAAGAGCAGAGCCAUCUCAUCUCAAGUAGUGAGGUCUGCCACUCUCAUUCCACCACCAUUUCUUGUUCUGUCACCUUUUAGCAGAACUCAAGGUUUCCACCCAUAGCUAUAAUUUCUGUACUACCACAUGCAUAUAUAUAUAUACACAUAAAUAAAUACACAUAUUCUGAGUGUUUAUGAGAGAGAUAGAGAGAGAGGGGAAAUACUGGCUUAUAAUAUUGCAGGUUGCUUGUAUGUAAGUAUGUCACUUUGAACUAGAAGUUGGAGAUCAUGAUACUAGAGCUCUAGUGAAUCAAGUCCAUCAAAGCAAAUUCUGGGUUCUCUCUUUUUGGUGUUGAAACUGAGCUAGCUCCUUGCUUCUGGUGAUUGGGAGCUGUAAAAGUUGAUCUUUUGUUUAAUUCCAUGCCUGGAGGCUUUUGGUUUCUUGAAGCUGAGAUCUGAAAAGCAGUGCAGACUGGGAAUUCUUUUCCAAUAAGUUUAGCUAAGGGGCAUUAUCUUUGAAUUGAGGCAGGAAAAUUGAGUAUUUUAUGUUGGGUUUAAGCUGAAAUAAUGUGGAAGCUAAUGGACUAAGGGGGGUUGGGUUUAUGAAAUAGAAAUUGGUGUUUUUUUUUCUGGGGUAGAGGGUGAGUAAGCUGAGAGGAGCUGAUGAAGCUGAUACCUUUUGUGUUCUGUAGAGGAACAGGCUUUGGUUGAAGGGUUUUAAGAAAGGGAAAUUCUGUUGAUUCUGUAACUAUGAAGCAUUUUUGCUGAUGAGGAAGGGACUAGGGUGCAGUGUUUUUCAUGCAUUGGGUUGGGAGGGGGUGGCUAGUGAAGGAAUUAUUAUGUUGACUACAUAAAAGGGGGGAGUUUAAGAUAUCAUUUGUGAUUGGGAUUGGUGUUCUGGCUGGCUGUCUGGUUGUCUAUCUUUGAAUCUACAGAAAUGAAGCUUUCUUCUCCUGGUUUCAAUCAGCAGUCUCCUCCUGAAGGGGAGAAAAAAUGCCUAAAUUCAGAACUUUGGCAUGCCUGUGCUGGUCCUCUUGUUUCCCUACCUGCUGUGGGCAGCAGAGUGGUGUAUUUCCCCCAAGGCCAUAGUGAGCAGGUUGCUGCUUCAACGAACCGGGAAGUUGACGCUCAUAUUCCUAAUUACCCGAGCUUACCUCCCCAACUUAUCUGUCAGCUACACAAUGUAACAAUGCAUGCUGAUUUGGAGACGGACGAAGUUUAUGCUCAAAUGACCUUGCAACCUCUAAGCCCUCAAGAGCAAAAGGAGGCGUCUUUUCUUCCAAUGGACUUGGGUACCCCCAGCAAACAGCCAACAAAUUACUUCUGCAAAACACUAACUGCGAGUGAUACAAGUACUCACGGUGGAUUUUCAGUUCCUCGCCGUGCAGCAGAGAAAGUGUUUCCUCAAUUGGACUACUCUCUGCAGCCUCCAGCUCAAGAGUUGAUUGCAAGGGACCUCCAUGAAAAUGAAUGGAAAUUCAGACAUAUAUUCCGCGGCCAGCCAAAAAGGCAUCUUCUUACAACUGGUUGGAGUGUGUUUGUGAGUGCUAAACGACUUGUUGCUGGUGAUUCAGUCAUUUUUAUCUGGAAUGAGAAGAACCAAUUGCUUCUUGGUAUUCGGCGGGCCAAUCGUCCACAAACCGUCAUGCCAUCGUCUGUCAUAUCAAGUGACAGUAUGCAUCUCGGGCUUCUUGCAGCUGCUGCUCAUGCAGCAGCAACUAACAGCCGUUUCACCAUUUUUUACAAUCCAAGGGCUAGCCCCUCUGAAUUCGUUGUACCUCUUGCCAAAUAUGUUAAGGCUGUAUAUCAUACCCGGAUUUCUGUUGGUAUGCGCUUCAGGAUGCUAUUUGAGACUGAAGAGUCCAGUGUUCGCCGCUAUAUGGGCACAAUAACUGGCAUCAGUGAUUUGGAUCCUGCUCGUUGGCCAAACUCACAUUGGCGCUCUGUCAAGGUUGGCUGGGAUGAAUCGACUGCUGGUGAUAGGCAACCAAGAGUAUCCCUCUGGGAAAUUGAACCUUUAAUAACAUUCCCAAUGUAUCCAUCGCCAUUUCUCCGACUCAAGCGACCAUGGCCACCAGGACUCCCGAGCUUCAAUGGGAUGAAGGAUGAAGAUAUGAUGAUGAAUUCUCCCCUUUUGUGGCUCCGCGAUUCUGGAGACCGAGGAAUUCAGUCAGUCAAUUUUCAAGGAAUCGGUGGCGUUACGCCUUGGAUGCAGCCAAGUCUUCCAAUGCUAGGCAUGCAAAACGAUGUUUAUCACGCCAUGGCCGCGGCUGCUCUUCAAGAGAUGCGGGUAGUUGAUCCUUCCAAGCAAAACCUCUCCUCGUUCUUGCAAUUCCAGCAAGCAAACGGGGUUCCCCACCGGUCCACUACUGGCCUAAUGCAGCAGCCUCAGAUGCUGCAACAGUCUCAGCCCCAGCAACCUACCUUUCUUUCUAAUCUCCACGAAACCCAGCCCCUACCACCUAUAUCCCAGCCGCUUCUUCAGCAACAAUUGCAACAUCAAAAUUCAUUCAAUAGUAUUCAGCAGCAGCAACAACGACCCCAGCAAGCUUCUUCGCAACAGCAAGCACAAUGUAUUGAUCAGCAGGUUUCGAGUGUAGGAUCUGUCAUGUCCCAAUUGGCUUCAAGCUCGCAAUCUCAACCGCCAUCACUACAAACAAUCUGUUCUAUGCAACCGCAAACCUUUUCUGACUCGACUGUCAACCCCGUUGUUAAUCCACUGCAGUGUCUGCUCGGUUCAGUACCCCAAUAUGAAGCAUCGCAUAUUCUAAAUGCAUCGAGAUCCAGUAACUUGAUGUCUCCCACUGGCUGGCCAGCAAAGAGGAUUGCAGUUGAUCCCGUUCUCCCUUCGUCUGUCACAUCACAAUGUAUUUCGUCUCAGGUGGAUCAGCUGGGAGCACCGAACAUGAAUAUAUCCCAGAAUGCUGUUUCUUUACCACCGUUCCCAGGGAGUAGGGUAUGCUCUGAGGAUCAGGAAGGGAGCAAUGAUCCCCAAAAUCACCUUCUGUUUGGGGUUAAUAUAGAUUCCUCAUCUCUUCUGAUGCAGAACGGGAUGUCAACCCUCAAGGGAGUAGGCAGUGUUUGCGAUUCAACGACAGUACCCUUUGUCUCUUCCAGCUAUAUGAGUAAUUCGGGCAAUGAUUUCCCCCUAAAUCCAGGAAUGACACCUCCAGUUUGCGUCGAGGAAUCAAGUGUCAUGCAAACUUCUGAGAAUUUGGGGCCAGAAAACCCACCCAACAAAACCUUUGUUAAGGUUUACAAGUCGGGGUCCUUGGGAAGGUCACUGGACAUUACCAAGUUUAGCAGUUACCAUGAGCUGCGCAGUGAACUUGCUCAGAUGUUCGGCCUGGAAGGCUUACUGGAGGACCCUUUGAGAUCAGGCUGGCAGCUUGUAUUCGUUGACCGAGAGAAUGAUGUUCUUCUUCUUGGCGAUGACCCCUGGCCGGAGUUUGUGAAUAGCGUAUGGUGUAUUAAGAUACUCUCGCCUCAAGAGGUGCAGCAGAUGGGAAAGCGAGGUCUAGAGCUUCUAAGCUCGAUUCCCAUGUCUCAGAUGUCCAACGGGAGUUGCAAUGACUUUGGGAGCCCACCGGAGUCGAGGAAGAUGAUUAGUGGCAUGGCAUCUGUUGGAUCUCUUGAUUAUUAAAACUUGUGUUGAAACACUGUUAUUUGUUUAGCCUUAGCAUUUCUUUGCCCAUCAUAUCUUUGCCUAAUUAGAAGAAAUGCAUGCCCCCAAGUACUGUGCACCAAGUUUUCAUCUCAUCUGUAGUUAUCAUCAAGACAUCUUAUGAUUUUGUGCCAAUUAAGGAAUAGACAAACAAAUGUCUACUAGGUAAUUAGAGUAGUAAAGUAUUAUUGUUUUCACUACUAGCAAAUCUAGUACUUUUGAUGUGAAAAUGUAAUAUUGAACACACUGGUUGCCUUAGUGCACAUUCACUAUAGUAGAUUAUUAUAUUCUCUACCUAUUAUCAUUUUCA